CCGGGGAACACAUGGGGCGCACUCGCACUCGCACUCGAUUGCAUUGCAGCGCAACAUCGCAUUCACACGGCGCCCAAAUUAGCAAGUGAUCGAAGCACCAAGCAAGCAAGCAAGCCGGGCGGCAUGGCGGACCAGCUCAUCUCCACGGCCGUGCACGACCAGCUGCCGGAGAACUACGCCCGGCCGGAGACGCAGCGCCCGCGCCUCCACGAGGUCGUCUCCGACGCGCAGAUCCCCGUCGUGGACCUCGCCGACCCCGACCUCGCCGCCGUCGUCGCCCGGAUCGGCGAGGCCUGCGCCACCCACGGCUUCUUUCAGGUGCUCAACCAUGGGGUGCCCGUGGAGCUGAUGGACGCCAUGCUGGCGGUGGCGUACGACUUCUUCCGGCUCCCGCCGGAGGAGAAGGCGAAGCUCUACUCCGACGACCCGGCCAAGAAGAUGCGCCUGUCCACCAGCUUCAACGUGCGCAAGGAGACGGUGCACAACUGGCGCGACUACCUCCGCCUCCACUGCCACCCGCUCGAGCAGUUCGUCCCCGACUGGCCGGCCAAUCCGCCGUCCUUCAGGGAGAUCGUGAGCGCCUACUGCCGAGAGGUCCGGGGGCUCGGGUUCCGGCUGUACGCGGCCAUCUCCGCGAGCCUGGGCCUGGAGGAGGAGUACGUGAAGAAGGAGCUGGGCGAGCAGGAGCAGCACAUGGCGGUGAACUUCUACCCCAAGUGCCCGGCGCCGGACCUCACCUUCGGGCUCCCCGCGCACACGGACCCCAACGCCCUCACCAUCCUGCUCAUGGACCAGCAGGUGCCCGGCCUGCAGGUGCUCAAGGAAGGCCGCUGGAUCGCCGUCAACCCACGCCCCAACGCGCUCGUCAUCAACAUCGGGGACCAGCUGCAGGCGCUGAGCAACGGCAGGUACAAGAGCGUGUGGCACCGCGCGGUGGUCAACGCCGACAAGCCGAGGAUGUCGGUGGCGUCGUUCCUGUGCCCGUGCAACGACGUGCUCAUCGGCCCCGCCGCGAAGCUCGUCGGCGACGGCUCGCCGGCCGUCUACAGGGACUACACCUACGCCGAGUACUACAGCAAGUUCUGGAGCAGGAACCUGGACCAGGAGCACUGCCUCGAGCUCUUCAGAACCUAGCAGCGACAGAGAUGUUUCCAUCCAUCGCAUCGGGAUGGGAAGACAGAAAAAAAAAGGGUUAAUUACCUAUGUACCAUUAUAAAAAGUUCACCUUCCCUUGUACAUUAGAAAUUUAGAAAGUUCUUAGUAUUCUUCCGUUUGCUGUCC